GAGUGAUUACAUUUUAUGACCAGGGUGAAGAGCUGCUCCAUGUUCUUAUCUGAAGGCGCCACUGGCCGCUUGCCAGCACAUAGGUGGGCCAGCUCGGGCAGCUUGGCGGCGAACACAGGCGGCACGGAGCAGUUGAAGAAACGUGGGAAAAGAUACACCAGUGACGGUGUGAACGGCAUACGCCAGAGGUUCAUCCGGGUUCAGCAAUGCUCCAAUGGCUCGAGGGCAAAGGGAGAGCCUCCCUCUCUACAAAAAGCUCUUCGACCUGCCAAGCCACCUUUUGCUGAAGACAAGACAGCGGUGGCGGAUCGGCUGAAGCAAGAAAAAAUGGCAACUGCUUCCACUCUGAAUACUGAAUUUGUGCAAACCAGCUAUGGAAAGAACAACGUGAAGGUGAUGUGCAUCAGGAAAGAGGGGAGCCACCACAGCAUCAUCGAGCUCAAGGCCGACGUGGAGCUCACGCUCAGGUCCCGCAAGGACUACAUAACCGGAGACAACUCUGACAUCAUCCCCACGGACACCAUCAAGAACACUGUCCACGCAUUGGCCAAGCUCAAAGGGGUAAAAACCAUUGAGCUGUUCUGUUUGGACCUUUGUCAUCAUUUCCUGAUCUCCUUCAACCAUGUGCUGAGGGUCAAGGUCUACAUGGAGGAGGUACCAUGGAGAAGGUUGGAGAAGAACGGGGUCGAUCACGCCCACGCCUUCAUUUACAGCCCAGAAGCUUUUCGCUUCUGCGAUGUGGAGCAGCAUGUCAACAGUGCCCCGGUGAUCCACAGCGGACUCAAGAACAUGAAGGUGUUGAAAACCACUCAGUCUGGUUUUGUGGGGUUUCUCCGCGACCGCUUCACGACGCUGCAAGAGGCCAGCGACAGGUUUUUCUGUACCACCGUCUACGCCAGGUGGCGCUACAACAAGAGUCAACAUGCCAACUAUGACUCUGCGUGGAAAUGCAUCAAAGACAGCAUUAUUGAAAAGUUUGCAGGCCCCUGUGACUGUGGAGAGUUCUCACCCUCUGUGCAGAAGACCCUUUAUGAUACACAAGUUCUGGUCCUGGAUAGGGUUCCCGAGGUAGAUGAAAUAGAGAUCGUCAUGCCCAACCAGCACUACUUCACCAUCGACAUGAUAAAAAUGGGCCUGGAAAACAAAGAUGAGGUUCUUCUCCCCCUCGACAACCCAUCAGGAAAUAUCGCAGGGACGGUGCGCAGGAAACCACAAGCCAAGCUCUGAAGCGAUCUGCACACACAGAACAAAAGGAAAGCUGGGACCAAGAUGAAAACGUCCGCAUACAGUGUAUUUCCAUCGUGUACAUACCGCAUUGGAAUCACCAAUAAACUGCUGGUGUUCUUUGGUGAGAAAAGAGCA